CUAAACCCUUGCACUCGCUGGCAAGUACGAACCAGGGUUUUUAUUUUGCUGAGAAAACUUUAUUCCAUUAUUUUUCUCGGAAGCCAAACAGUUAUAUUCAGUGUGUAGUACAAUGGUGCGUUCCAAGGCUCCUUCAAAGAAGCAGCAAAAGAAAGGCAUAGAUUUCAAAAAAAUAAAGAGAAAGCUUGGACGGAAGUUGCCUCCACCGAAGAAUGCGACAAACACUGAAAUUAAAUCCAAGGCAAUUGUACUUCCUGAGCAGAGUGUGGCAACAAACAAGGAAGGCUUAGCUGUGAGCAAGAAAGGAUUGACUUUGAAAGAACUUCUUCAGCAAACAUCUCAUCACAACGCCAAAGUUCGAAGAGAUGCACUAAUGGGCAUUAAGGAUUUAGUCCUUAAGCAUCCAGCAGAGUUGAGGUUGCAUAAAUAUGCGGUUAUAGAGAAACUGCGGGAGCGCAUAAGUGAUGAUGAUAAAGUAGUUAGAGAAGCAUUAUAUCAACUGUUUAAGUCUGAAAUUUUCCCUGGCUGUGCUGAGGAUAAUCAAGGGCUUUUCAUCUCCUUGGUGAUGACUUAUAUUUUCAAUGCAAUGACAAAUUUAUCAAUAGACAUUCGCUUGAUGGCUUUCAGAUUUUUUGAUCUUGUUGUGCAGUACCAUCCUCCAUGCUUUUCCUUAUAUGCUGAAAAGAUUCUUCAGAGUUAUGAAGAUAUUUUAAGGAAGAACCAGUUUUAUUUAGAAGACAAGGGAAAGCUCAAAAGUACUCUUUCUGGGUUAGUCCGUUGCUUGUCAUUAUUGCCAAGUAAAAAGCCAGGAUGUCAAAAGAAUAUUUUAGGAGAGAGGAAAAUUCAUGCUUUUGAGCCUGAUGUGCCUACGGAAAAUACUGGGUUCUCCGUCAUCAUAAAGAAAUUAAAGGAGCUUGUUCUGGUUUUAAUCAACUGUUUCCAAGAUUUUAUUCCAUUGCUAAAUUCUAUGCCGCAAUUGGAUGCACAAUCAUUUGAUUGUAUUUUAUCUAUACUUCAAAGCAUAGAUAUUGCAGUAAGGUUUUUUAUUUAUGGUAACCAUGAGGAAUCACCAGAAGCAAACCCUCUCCAAGUAACAUGGGAUCAAACUCUCUUGUCUGGCUUGUCAAAGAAGUUACUGGGGGUGUUUCCCCUCUAUCCAAAGCAUCACCUUUCUGUAAAGGAGGAUGAUAGGUAUUUUAUCUUGAAUAUUGUGAUAACGGAGAUAUUUUUGCACCUCCGUGAAUGGAUCUGCCCUUCUGCAAAUGUGUUUGCGAAAUUUCUGGAGUUCAUGGAAAAUGCACUGCUUGGCAAGACUUGUAGUAGCACAAGGUCUGGUAAAGCAACAUGGGAAAAGCAUGUACCUUCGUUGCUUCCUUUCAUUCCAAAACUUGUCUCAGAAGUGACAACUGAUUGGCAGUCACACCUUCUUGAGGCAUUUACAAAGACAUUCAGGGAUUGCAAUCCGGAGUCUUCACUUAAAUUGGCUUGCCUGUCCAUGAUUGAAGAAAUGCUAAUUCCUAGAGGAGAUAUGCACUACACGGAAGCAAGUGAUCCUGUGGCAUUAGACUAUCAGACUAUUUGGAUAAGAGAGCUGCCCUUGUUGCUAAUCCUUCUUGGUGAUAAAUGGCCAUCCUCUUCCCAGGUGGUGUUGCACCUUCUACUUCGCUUGGGACAAUUUGCAUGUUGGAACUCUUCCCUCAUUUGGGAAUAUGAAAAUACUCAAUUUGCACUCUGUGAGUUUUACAGCACAUGUCGAGAAGGAAACAUAUACUAUGGUCCUUUCAUGAGACUUCCUAGGGAUUCUCAAGAGCUGUCUAUCUGUUGCCUUUAUUAUUUCUCCAACUUUAGUACACUUUUGCUGAAAGCAAUAACUUCCUGCUGCGUGUGUCCUGAAUUGGAGCCCUAUGUAUUGUUCCUCAUUAUAGAGGUUGUGCAUGCUGCCUAUAAAGCUGGACACAUCCAAUUUGCUGACCACAUCAGCUUCUUCAUUACUUUACUAUCUCGUUUCAAAGUUUACCCUGAAAACAUAUGCCCUGUUAAAGAGAGUGAUGUGCAGAUUUCAAAUUGUGGAACUUUUAAGUCUCUCACCUGCAUGGUUUGCUCAUGCCUUUCACAGAUGGGUGAUAGUUCUGUUGUUUUCCGGAUACUGGAGAAAGCAAUACUUGACCUGAUAUCAUUGAAGCCACAGCUUGACAAUGCAUGUGCAAUGUUGAGAGUGCUCAUCAUGCUGGACUCUAAACCCACUAGACUUUCUGAACAGAGUAUAAUUGCUCUAAGCAAUUUCCUUCCUGGAUAUCUAAUGGAUGUUGUACACUGUAUUCCAGAAGUUGAUGGCAAUGAACUGGCAGUCUCUAAUCAUGUUCAGACAUGCCGUUAUUACCUUCUACCAUGCUUUUUCUUGUUUGAUAGGAGUAACCAGCUUGUGAAGCUUUUCUUGAAUGUGAUGGGCUCAUCCUUAACCGACAGUAGUUUGUCGCUUGAAUCUCAUAAUUCUACCCAAUAUGUCACUGACAGUUUAAGUCGGAUGAAUAAAACUGUUUCCCUUCUUCUAUUAAUUUAUAAGGAUGUUAAAGUUCAGAAAAUUAUGUCUCUAUUUAGAACAGAGAUUGGCUCUAUUAUGCAAAGCAUAGCUUCUUUACAGUCUUCAGAAGUCAACAUGACCAUUGAAGAAAGGCACAAAUUUCAGUGUUCAUUUGAACGGUUAAAGAUUGUCGCCAGUUCAUCACCAGUGGGUUGAUGAUCCAGUGAACUUUGUGCAUGCAAAAAUACAUUUUCCGCUUUGAGGAUGCAGGGGAUCUGGAGUAAUGACGACUCAAAAUGAGCAACGGCAUACUUUGAAGCUGUUGACAAUGGGGGUUGUUAAUGGCAAUGAAUCAAGUCAAACUUUUUGAGGAGAUAUCUAACAAUGCUGGCAUGAUAAAAGCAGCAGGCAGCAAGUGGUGCAACUUGAUGGCAUGAACAUCGGCAAUUGCGGGAGAUCAGCUUGUUCCCUUUCUCUAAUUUUGGCCACGGGUGUUUGCUGUAGGAGAGGGAACAGGAAGGAAGGAAGUUGUGUGUGUGAGAUGAAGCUUUUGUAGAAAUGGAACUGAUCUAUGGUUCAAUGAGGAGAGAGAAGGCAGGUUAUUUGUGUGUGGUUUUUAAGGUUUUGCUAUUAUAAUUUCCAGUUAGAUAGAUUGUCCUUGUAUUCUCAGUUUUGGGUGUGGAAAAUGAAUAAUGCCAACUACAUUGAUGUAUAUGUCGCUGAAAUAUAUGGAAAAUAUAAAGCAAGCAAUUAAUUUA